AUGCCGUUGCAAGCGGAGACUCGCAGGGCUAGGAGGACGCCCAACGCGCAAAUACCUCGACGACCUACGGAGGCGAGCACAAAGGCAACAGCCGUCGCCUUCGACUACCAGGUAUUCGGAGCCGCAAGUGUAUACACGGAGUCGGCCCGGACCGUCUUUGACCACAGAGUCAUCGCCACCUCUGGUGUCCGGCAAGACGCCGCCGGCUCGGCAAGACGCCCCCAGUACGGGUGCAGGCAUCUUACGUCUCCCAUGUCGAUGUCAGGUGGCCAGAGCAGUCUACAGGCCGAGGAAUGCCCCGAUGUCGCGAUACAACCACAAAGCGAGCCACAGAGUGAACCAGAGUUUCGGUUGCGCACAGAUCCUUUUGUUAUACCUUCAAGGACAAUUCCAAAUUUCCAAAGAAACAGGAGACAAUGGAUCUGGCUCUCUCCCUGGUCAACAUGGUCCUUUACCGUGCGUCUGAUGCUGACAUUGGGUGAGAAGCUACGGCCCGGAAGCCCCUCCCUUCCGCAAAACGUGCUCGAAACAGAGGUGUACGAGUUCCCAUGGCCGUCUUUUUCGUCCUCAGAAAUGAACAUCUCGGGUCUUCCAUCGCUAAAUCAUGCGCUGUAUCUCUUUACCACCGUGAAAUUCCAUCUCGGGCAGACCUAUCGACUGUUUGAUGAAGAAGAGUUCGAGAGCGAAAUCAGGGACUUUUAUGCAAACGCGGUACAAAAUGUGUCACAUUACCGCGUGUGGUUUAUUAAAUUUCUCCUUGUGUUAGCCUUCGGCACCGCUUUUCACACAUCUCACACGACGGCUCAGCAACCACCGGGUGCCCAAUUCUUUUCAAGGGCUAUGGCCCUCAUGCCAGGCCCUGGUUGUCACUCCCCCUUGUGUUAUGGCGACUCAGGAAACACUGUUUCUAACGGUCUCCCGUCUUAUCAGCUCAGCAAUGCGAUACGCAUCGCCCAAAUGGAGGGCCUCCAUACACAGCUUCCCCAAGAAGAACUUGGUGCGGAGAAAGUGACGUAUUGUCGGGACCUCUGGUGGACAUUGUACAUUAUGGAUCGUCACUUCUCUUCGUCGCUCGGGUUGCCCAUGUCGGUUCAAGACGGUGACAUAACCACACCUGUUAAUCCGCCCAAUUGUGUCAUAUUUGCGACUCGUCCGCCGCUUCUUGCAGCUCUAAAGGAGCGGUCAGAGUUACUGGGCCAUCCCGACGAUGAGAACUGGGAUAGCUUUUUGGCCCAAACGGCGACUGUCAUUUCUGCUGGCAUCAAAUCAGCCGCCAAAACACUUCAGAUUCUGUCCAAAGAAUACAGCUUGCUAGAUGCCAGAUCCGGAGACACUUUCGGAAAGCAUAUUGGACUGGGACUUAUGGAAGGAAGCAACUUGAGUUGUCAAUUUUCUGCAAGAAAUCCAGUGUGUUUUAUUGUGGCUGCCUCGGAAGGAUCACGAGUCAUCCGAAAGAUCUACGGCCAAGCGUCUUGA